AUGGCAAAGAAGAAAAAGUCAAGCACGAUCCCUUCCAUGAUGGACCCUGCUGCUGUUUCAACAGCGGCAGCAGCGGCCAAUGGACUUUCUACGGAAGCCAGCUUGCAAAAGUUGUGGGAGUUGGUCGUAUGUCAAGCGGGAUCCCUCCACGAGAUGGCUCAGCAUUUGCAGAAUGAAAGUCGACAGCCGGCCUCCUCGAGCUCCCAACCCGCUUGCGGACCCACGAUGAGCUCGACCAACCCCUCAUCUUUUGGCGAUGUUCGAGACUUUGAAGUCACCGUGAAUAGCAUCCUGUCUCGCUGCACCAGUCUAGAACAGCGCACGUCUAGUCUAGAUCAGACCAGCUUCGAACUUCCCAAGCGACUGAGAGUCCUCGAGGAAACGAUGAACAGCUUGCAACGAACGAACACCGAGAAUAUGCAAGAGAUCAUCGAGCUUAGGCAAAAGCUUGCUGACGCUCAUAAGAUCAACACCGAUACACGAGAAAAAGUUCAAAAGCUGAUGGUACUAGAGCUCCGAUACCGAGCGCAAGCCAGCGUCAAGCGCCCGACUGAUGGUGCUCCAUCUGCUAUGCAUCAGGCUGUGGCGACCUCUUCGGUCACGGUGCCGCAAGUAGCCCUCCUUAACCCGGCCCCACCGGCCGACGAGGGUCAGAGCAUGGCAGACGAGGCGAGUGCAUCACCUUCCUCUGCCCCUGCUACUCACGCAGCUCAGCAGCCAAGUGCUUCAAGCAGCGAAAAACCCGUCCAAAUUCUUUCACGCCUAUCGCAGAAAACGGCAGCUCCAAGCCUCUCUUCGUUCAUCCCGUCUGCUCCUUGUGCUUCGGGACACACGAACACAGCCCCCACGAGCCCUCCUGUGGCACGCCACUUGAGCUCGAGCGACUCUAGCAGCAUUGAAGCGACUACCGGUCAAUCUGCCCGACAGUGGUCCAUUCCUUCAGCAAUGCGGGUCCCUGCCGUCGGUAGCACCGUAAACUCCUGUCCUCACACCAGUGCUACGCGAUCUGCAGCACCCGGCAACGGUGCGCAGGCCAGUGCUGUACAGGAUUCUCAGCAGGUCGCUGAUUCAUCUGGGAAUUCUGGGCGCUCUUUAACCUCUUCAAACAGCUUAGACACGUCUUCAAAUUCGAUCCCAUCCCAACGACGGCCAUCUGCCAGCUCUUUGGACACCUCGGCAGCCAAGCCCCAGGGUACUCAUUCGGCCCACUCUGGCGUGGCAGUCCAGAGACACAACAGCACGACAUCCACAGCGGAGUUGCCUUUGCCAUCGGCUAUGCCUCCUCAUUCCAUCAAGGCGGCAGUGCGGGAGCCCCAGACUCUGUCUUCUCCUCCAUCAGUGCGCUCUGCGGCUUCCACCUCCACCGCAGUCUCGAACUCGCACACUUUUCCAUCGUGUACCGCCCCAGCCCCGACUCCACCAGCGACCUCCGCCUCUGUUGCGCCAUUAGCACCAGUCACCGCUCCUGCACGUCCGACGCAACACGCUCGCGUCAAGCCGGAGCCCAAGGAUGUCGAUGAAGAGGAGGAGAUCAUCUUUGUCUCUGCAACCAACUCCACCAAGAAAGGGCGAGCAGCGCAACUUGCUCUACGGGCGAAGCCGGAACUGAAUGCGCAGGUCCCUGCGACGAGCAGCACUACUCACGGGCCCCCGAAUCAAUGUGCUGGCUCGUCGAUGUCAAAUUCGGGAGCGAUACUUCACGAUGAGCUUGAAGAUUUGUAUCCAGAAUGCCUCGUCAACGUUUCGCAGGAAGAAACCGCUUCAGCUGCUCACCGCGCCCCGCAGCCUGUGUCGGGAGCUAGUGCCUCAUCACCCACAUCUUUGGUCAGUCAACCGUCUGGGGCGCCAGGAGGCCAGCAAUCGCCAGUAGACCAAUCGACAGCUAGAGCUGCUAUGCCAAUACUUCCGCAAAUUGCUCCUCUGGCAGCUCCGCAAGAGCAACGAGCCCUUGCCAGCAGACUCGGUAGCGUGUCACUCGACUCUGCCUUCGUUGCGCCCUCUGCAUUUCCUUCUGGCACGAGGACGACGCAGGUCAAUACCGGACAAGGCGUGCAAGGUGAAGCCUCGGCCAUUUCAGCAGUCGCCAAAGGAAGAGAUCGCAUUCCACUCGCUACAAACGGAGAAUCGGACCCUCUUGCAAAUGUCAGCAGUGCUACCUCGGCACGAAACGCGCUCAGGCCAAAGACACCCACCGGUCCCAGCCCUUCAACGACUCCACGCGCAAUCAGAGCUAGAUCCGACGUCCAAAUCAGCACGCUGCCACCCUCUGCUCAAACAUCGGCUAGACUAGCCAAGAGGAACCCUGGCGUUCUCUGGGCAAACGCGUUGAUCCGUGGCAGCAUUUGGCGCGUCGGCUUCGACCCCAAGAUGUCGACCGAAGGUCGCAUUGGACACCGAGCUGCUUGCGCCAUAGACACAGGUCUGCCUCCCGACCUACCCAGGGGCUCUCGGGGCGUGACGUUCACUUUGCAAUUCGCCGACUUCGAAAGGCUGGACACGCUCCGCGGUGCAUCGACUGCCGCCCUUAAAGUGAACUUCAUUGUGGAUUUGAAUAUGGAUCCUCAACUCAUUUUGCUUGGCUUCAGACACAAGCAUAAGCUCAUCAUCGCGAACGGUGGUAAGCUGUUCACUCUCCAGACCGCGCAAAAUAUCACGGUACCAUUUGCAGACCCGUAUGCGGGAGUGCCUAUCCUCGAGGGUGACAUGCAGCCCCCAAGAAUGGCACCUGCCACCACCGAAAAUCUGCAUCAAGACUCGCUGGGUGGCCUCAGCAAUACGUCAAAUCCGUCUUGGAGUUCGCGCCAUGCUUCCGUGCACUAUUCUACGCGCGACCUUGACGCACAGCUAGACCGCUACAAUGGAGCUAGGGGUCACGGUCAUCGAGAGGAUCAUGUGGAGCGCCCGGAGCCUUGGUCUCCUUCCUCGCAUCGUCCUGGACGGAUUACUGACUUACCGAUCGCCCCGAGCGCCCCGAGCGCCCAAGCUUACGUGAUGCAUUCGGCAAGUCACACGCGUAGAUCCCGUCAACCAGAGCAGGUGCGGCUCAGUGUGCUCGGCACGGGCGACCCUGGCAGCUACCAGCCCGUUCACGGCCUUGUGCCGCCAUCUAGCACAUUUGCACAGGAUGCCGCGGACGAAUACCAGAUCGGCAUGGCCUUUGGCCCAACAGAUGACCAGCUACAAAGUCCCGGCAACACCGAAGCCUCCGAAAGCAACACCAUCAGCUCGCGCGGAGCAAUCGAUGAGAGGCAAAGCAGAGCAGCUGCUUCCAGUCGACCUCGCGCAUCUUCCCCUGUCAUCAACAAGAGAGCUGCCGCUGGCCCGCUAUCUGGUCGCAUCUUUGACGCGCCGCUUUCUGCUUUGGAAGGUCGAAUGGCAACUAGCACCUCGCGCUGGGAUCAGCAGGAACCUGCCAAACGUCGCAAAGUCACAAAUGAAUGA